AUGUACUACAUCCUUCAAAACAUUGCCCUCUCAGCUCUUGUGGCUCUUUCUGCCGUUGUUUCCGCAGAGACCAUUAAUGGCGGCCUAAAUGGUAACUCAUGUCCUAGUGACUGGACUAAUAUCCAGUACAAAGACACUCAGAGAUGCUGUUAUGGAAGCCUGACUCUCGAAUCCAACGAUCCCUACUGCUGCGUCCACAGUUUUUCGCUUGCCAACAACUACCUCGAAGAUACCCAAUCCGACUGCUUCCCAUUCUGUACCGGCACUACCCGUGAUCUUCCUACCACGACGAAGUUCGGUGCAUCCUGCCAGACCAAGAUUGCUUUCACCACCAAGGACUACUCUAGUCUUGUUUCGGCGGCGUCUGCGUCGGUGACAGGAACCACGAAGUCUUCAGACAGCGAUGCGACAACGAUGACUACUAUAACUGGAACUGGAACCGAGACUGAAGCUAAGGCUACUGCUGCGGACAAUGAAUCGGAGACUUCUACGAACAUGGCCGGGCCUGUUGCGACGGCUGAGGGGCUUGCGCUUGGAGGUGCUGCCCUGGCUGCAGCAUUUUUUGCGCUAUAG